AUGAAAAAAAAGACCAACACGACGUCGUAUAAAAAGAUGAAGAAUAGCGAUCUGCUUUCUGCAGGAGCCAAAGUUUAUGCUAAGAAGAGAAAGCGAGCUUCCGAGCGAGUCGAAUCGGUGGAAUUUGACUUUGAUAAAAGAAAAGCGACUGAAGCCCGUGCUGAACGCCAGCGAUUAGCGGAUAAAAACGUUGCAGAGAUUGCUGCCAUGUUACGAGGCAACCAGGAGAGUGGGGAUGAAGAGGAAGAAACCGUGUUUAGUGAUAAUGAUGAAGGUGAAAAGGAAGCCAAGAAACCUAAAGUGCAAGAAUUCAAAUCCAAAGCUGCCCUGACAACGGUUACUGUGAUUGAAGAUCUUGAUCUUGAAAACGUCUAA